AAACAGCUCCGGCCCUUUAAAAGCUSUCAGCCCGCGGCUGAAGGGAAAGAGUUUGGCUCAGAGGUUCAGAGGAACGUUUUCUGGUGAAUAUCGUCGAAACAAGUCGCUGCCAAGAUGGUUGAGAAGUUUAUCGGAACAUGGAAGAUGAUUUCCAGCGAGAACUUUGACGAAUACAUGAAAGCUCUUGGUGUGGGAUUUGCGACCCGCCAGGUGGGGAACCGAACCAAACCCAACUUCGUCCUGAGCCUGGACGAUCAGGGAACCAUUUGCAUGAAGUCUCAGAGCACCUUCAAAACCACUGAGGUCAAGUUCAAGCUAAACGAGCCUUUCGAGGAGACCACUGCCGACGACAGGAAGACCACGAGUGUGGUGACUCUGGAAAAUGGGAAGCUGGUGCAGAAACAGAGCUGGGAUGGCAAAGAAACUAGCAUUGAGAGGGACAUAUCUGAUGGCAAAUUGAUAGCGAGAUGCAUCAUGGGAGAUGUGGUUGCAGUGAGGACGUACGUGAAGGAGGCGUGACCCUGCCCUCGUUAACAGCACUGCUGGAUGAGGCUCAGUUCAAUGAGCGUGAACCCAACCUGAAGGAGCGUCUCGUUCCACUCAAACCUCUGUUACCAAAGUCAGAUUUUUGUACCUCUUCUGCAAAUCUGCUUGAUUUGUAAAUUUGAAUUAAAAAAAAAAAAAGAAAUGACUGCAUACAAAUUGA